AUGCAGUAUUUUGCUGAACAGUGGACACGCCAGAAGGAAAUGCAACUCGAGCUGAUUGACGAUGAAAAUCACAAUGAAGUUCAAGAGAUGUUGGAGCGAUUGGGCGAAUUAGAGGAUGACCUUAAGAUUGCAAAGACCUCGAAAACCCGUUUGCGCAAGAUUAGAAGGAGAACAGAAAAUCAGCGUGCAGAGCUACACCGGGGGGAAAUUGAUGUACUUGUGGAGGAGCUUGGGGAACAUAGGUUUUGUAAUAUUUCAGGUGCUGGAGGCUGGGACGCAACUGCGGGUUCUCUCCCAGUGGAGGUUGUUGAUCCCAGUUAUGAUGAAGCUUGGCACAUCAAUCGUGUUUCAAAAAGGACUUGGGAGGAUUGUGUGGAAAUACUCAAAAAUACAAACAAGGGAUUGACGUAUGUGAUGUGCCGUUACUGGAGAGGUUGGGACCCAUUGAUGAUUUCUCUAUUACGUGGGACCCAUCAAUAUGUGGAUACAUCUGAGGAGGUGGACAACUUAUUAGAAGUAACGUGGAGGGAGUUGAUGGUAAGCUGUGAAAGUCGGUGGAAAGAGGUUGUUCCAGCGCAAACAGUGUUUGCAGAACCAGGGGAUGAUGGUGAUUUGCAAGUUGACUUUGAGAGGGAGGAAGAUGACUUUUGA